GGCCACGAGGUGCUUUUGAGCCCGUGUCCAGACGCGUGUGUAAGGCAAGAUGUCGCAUCCCUCCCCCCAAGCUAAACCUUCCAACCCCAGCAACCCCCGAGUCUUCUUUGAUGUGGACAUCGGAGGGGAACAAGUUGGUCGAAUUGUCUUAGAGUUGUUUGCAGAUAUUGUGCCUAAAACUGCAGAAAAUUUCCGUGCAUUAUGUACAGGAGAAAAAGGCAUUGGACCCACAACUGGGAAACCUCUCCAUUUCAAAGGAUGCCCUUUCCAUCGAAUUAUUAAGAAAUUCAUGAUUCAGGGUGGAGACUUCUCAAAUCAGAAUGGGACAGGUGGAGAAAGUAUUUAUGGUGAAAAAUUUGAAGAUGAAAAUUUCCAUUAUAAGCAUGAUCAGGAAGGUUUAUUGAGCAUGGCAAAUGCUGGACCCAAUACAAAUGGUUCUCAGUUCUUUAUCACAACAGUUCCAACUCCUCAUUUGGAUGGUAAACAUGUGGUAUUUGGCCAAGUCAUUAAAGGCCUGGGCGUGGCAAGGAUACUGGAAAAUGUAGAAGUGAAAGGUGAAAACCCUGCCAAAUUGUGCGUUAUUGCAGAAUGUGGAGAAUUAAAAGAAGGAGAAGAUUGGGGAAUAUUCCCAAAAGAUGGUUCUGGUGACAGUCAUCCAGAUUUCCCUGAGGAUGCGGAUAUAGAUUUAAAAGAUGUAGAUAAAAUUUUAUUGGUAACAGAAGACUUAAAAAACAUUGGGAAUACUUUCUUUAAAUCCCAGAACUGGGAGAUGGCCAUAAAGAAAUAUGCAAAAGUUUUAAGGUAUGUGGAAGGAUCAAAGGCUGUUAUUGAGAAAGCAGAUAGAUCUAAGCUACAACCUGUAGCUUUAAGUUGUGUGCUGAAUAUUGGUGCUUGUAAACUAAAGAUGUCCAAUUGGCAGGGAGCAGUUGACAGCUGCUUAAAGGCUCUUGAAAUAGAUCCAUCAAAUACCAAAGCACUAUACCGCAGAGCUCAAGGGUGGCAGGGAUUAAAAGAAUACGAUCAAGCACUGGCUGAUCUUAAGAAAGCUCAGGAGAUAGCACCAAAUGAUAAAGCUAUCCAGGCAGAAUUGCUGAAAGUCAAACAAAAGAUAAAGGCACAAAAAGAUAAAGAGAAGGCAGCUUAUGCAAAAAUGUUUGCUUAA